CUCUACCACGCGGAAUCCCAUCUUUGCCCUUCUCACCUCCUCCGCUGCCUCCCAUGGCCUCCGCCUCCCUGCACCCCGCUUCUCCCUCCCACCCAAACCCUAACCAUAGCCCCGACGCAGAUCUCCGAUCUGAUCGCCCCAUGCCCGACGCCGACGCCGUAAGCGGAGGCGCCUCGCCCACUUCCCCGGAGAAGCGGGAGGAGGAGGAAGAGGAGGCGCCGGGGAAGGAGGCGAAGCCGGCGGCGGCGGCGGAGGAGCAGCCGACCCCACGGAAGACGCGCCUUCCGCGCGCUUGCAACAAUAAGCCCAAACCCCCGCCGCCGCCGCCGUCCGAGCGUCCGCGCCGCCGUGCCGCGGCGGCGUCGGGCGCCGGCGGCGCGGACGAGACGCCACAAUGCCGCGUGGUCACGCCUCUCGUGUCGGAGCCCGAGGCGCCUGCUGAGCUUCCCCGCUGGCGGCUCCGCUGCAUGUGGGAGCUCGGCUCCGUGCUCAACUUCCUCCACGUGUUCCGACCUCUGCUGAACAUCACUGGGGAGUUCACGGCUGAGGACGUCGAGGCGGCGCUUAUCACUCCCAACGAGAUUCUAGAUGAUGUGCAUAUGCCACUGCUAAAGUCAAUUCCUCCUGUAACUCGCAUGGCUAUGGGACGUGGAACCUGGGUGACCGUCCUAUGCAGAAAGCUGAAGGAUUGGUGGCAUUGGGUUGCAGAAGGUGAUCUGCCAAUUGUUGCAUCUCAUGGAACUGAAAUUGAGACAUACAAAACACUAGAACCAGCUAUUCGUUUAUUAAUUUUGAAAGCGAUAUGUGAUAUCCGUGUUGAGCAAGAGGAUAUUCGGAACUUCAUUGACAGUUCCCUUAAGCAUGGUCAUGACCUUUCUACUUUUCGUAAAGAACGGAUUGGAGGGGAUUCCCUUGGAAUCUCAUACUGGUAUGAAGAUGAUGAGAUUCUCGGGCAUAGAUUGUAUCGUGAAAUUAGACGAGUAGAACAGGUUAAGAAGGAGCCUGGAAAGAGGUCCAGGGGAAAAGGAGGAUCUUCAGCUAUUUCAGUUGUGUCCUACCAAUGGGAAACUGUUGCGUCCACCUUUGAUGAGUUUGAUGAUGUGGCAGAAAAACUCUUUUCAAGUCGGAACAGGACAGAGGUUUCUCUUGGAAAGAAGUUGAAGAUUGAAUAUCUUCCAGAGAUAGAAAAGCUCCAUAAAAAGAAAGAGAGGUUGCUCAAAAAGCAACAGAGAGAAGCUCUUCUUCUUGAUAGCUACUUGGCAUCAGAUGGACUUACCACCGGCCGCUCUCUCCGUGAUAGAAAGCCCGUGACUUAUACAUUUGAUGACUAUGAUCGCUCAAUAAAUGAAGCCAUCAAAAUUACGAAGAAAAGAGAGAACUCAGCUGAGCCUGUUGCUACUACUGCCAAUAGAAGGGUGCUUCCUCCAAGAUCGGAGGCACCAAGCAAUGGGAAGUUAAAUAAUGGUCCCUCACCAACAACCAAUGACUCAUCUGAUGGAAAUUCUUCAAAGUCAGAUGACUACCGAGACAGCGAUGGUGAACAAGAAAAUGAGGCACUUGAUCGCAGCAACCGGCGGAGGAAAAGAUCUCAGAGAUACACACAAGACUUUGUUGAGGCUGUCUCAGAUGUUGAUCCUAACUUUGACAGUGACGACGAUAUCAUGGGAGAGGCAGUGUAUGAUGACGAAUACCUGAGAAGUCGCAAACAGAAUAAGCCAUCAAGUGCUUCUGAAGAGGAUGAAGAGUUCCGGUUGGAAGAAGAUGCCGAAGAUGAUGAUGAAGAGGAAUAUUCAUUGAGUACCAGUGAAGAUCUAGAGGAGCCACAACGGCAUAAAAAGCUGGAAACUCGUGGCCGGCGAGGUACGAAGCUGAGAUCAGUUGGUGAAAUCCAAGCAGGUCUUAGACGCAGCAAGCGUUCUUCUCGUCCUCGUAUUAACUAUCGCCAAUAUGAUUUUUCGGACUCGGAUACGGAGCCUCGAAAGGCAAGGAAAUCUGACGCAUCAGAUCCUGAUGCUGGCUCCGAUGCCGAGAAUGAUAUGGAGCUCUCGACAUCGAGUCAAGAGCAAGAGGAGGAAGAGGAUGAUAGUCAUGAUGAAGAAAAUGGUAAUAAUGCGAAUGAUAAAAUGGAGGAGGACCACACUGCAGAAGAAAAUAAAAUAGAACCAGAGGAGGAGAAGGAGCAGCCACAGCAGCAGCCUGUAGAGAAGAUGGAUGCUCCCAGCAGGGAAAGUAAAAGUGUAGGAAGAACAUUCCUAGAUCUAAACGAGCUUGCACCUGGAGGUGGCUUUGAUGAUGGCCCAAGCUUGACAGUGAGAGAUGACAUGGACAACAUCUAGGGAAUAAAGUUUUGUUUUGAUACAUUUCGGGUGCUGUUGGCCAGUUUUCUGACUUCCAGGCAAGGGCAGAUCCAUGGUCCUGAUGGCCUGUGAUGAAUGGUGCAACUAUGGUUUGGCGGUGUGAGCUUAUGGUUAUGGCUGCUUCACUGAUUUGCAGCAGCAGGACAGGCGAUGUUCCACUUGAAGCGACUUUGAGCUUCUCCGGUGCUUAUGUUAUACGUGGAGACCAUGAGGAGGUAGUUUUAUGUAUACUACAUGAAGGUCGCAAUCGAUCAUAGCUGUAUUGCGGCCAGGCUGCUGCUGCGUUGCGGCCGGUCUCUAGGAUAUAAAUUUAUUGCCUCCAUUUAUUUAGUCUUAGGCAUUGUGAUGUCAAUGAGAACAUGGAGGGAAACCUGUACACCGAGUGCGGUCCGUCGGCAUUCGCCCGACCUUUUCCACUUGUAGAUUGUAGGUUUUUUAAAGUCCGGGCGGGAUUAGUUCUGUAUCUAUACCUGACAGUCUGUUUUUUUCUGUCACACCUGUGUAGCUGACAUUGAGCUUGUCCCUGAAUGCACACCGGCAAUGCCUCUCGUUCGCUCUAUAUGGAGAAGAUGCUGCAUGUAUUCAGCUGAUGUUGUAGCCUAUGGACAUGUCCAUUACUCAGAGUGGCUGGCCUGGUGAUUGCUAAUUUGAUGUAUGGUUUAUAAAACCAAAUUCCUGUGUGCGUAUUGGUUAGUUGCAAAACUUUGCAAAGAUAAAUAAUUUGGGGGUGUUCUGUUCCAUUAAACAUUGCAAAAUUAUGUGAAAUGUUUGGUGAAUUGGGCUUCA